AUGGGUGGGAUAUUUAGCAAGAAAGGAGCAUCUGGGUUCUCUGCUUCUUCCACAGCAGAGGAAGUCGCUGAAGGGAUUGAUGCAACUGGUCUUACCGCCAUUGUUACAGGAGCUUCAAGUGGUAUUGGCGUAGAGACAUCACGUGUUCUUGCGUUGCGUGGUGUCCAUGUGGUUAUGGCAGUAAGGAACAAGGAUGCUGGGACGAACGUCAAAGAAGCAAUUCUUAAAGAAAUCCCAGAGGCUAAAAUUGAUGUCAUGGAGUUAGACCUCAGCUCAUUGGCAUCUGUAAGAAAAUUUGCAGCAGAUUUUAAAUACUUGGACCUUCUAUUGAACAUACUUAUUAACAAUGCAGGCAUUAUGGCAACUCCAUUCAAGCUUUCUCAAGACAACAUAGAGCUCCAUUUUGCAACUAACCAUUUAGGUGUCAUUUUCCUCACAGAUCUUUUGUUGGAGACCAUGAAAAGCACAUCGCGAGAAAGGAAAACAGAGGGGAGAAUUGUUAAUGUAUCAUCACUAGGCCAUCGAUACGGGUACCGUGAAGGGUUUUGUUUCGAUAAAAUUAAUGAUGAAUCAAGAUACCACAGAUAUUAUGCUUAUGGACAGUCCAAGCUUGCUAACAUAUUGCAUGCUAAUGAGCUUACAAGACGUCUGAAGGAAGAAAGGCCAGAGGUAACAGCUAAUUCUCUCCAUCCGGGAACAAUUCUCACAAAUCUUCUGCGCUAUGAUGGCUUUUUAAAGUGUAUUCUUAAGGUGCUGGGCAUAUUUAUCUCUAAAACUGUUCAGCAGGGUGCGGCAACCACAUGCUUUGUGGCACUCCAUCCACAGCUUAAGGGAGUAGGCGGCAAAUACUUCGUGGACUGUAACAUCGCCAAACCGAGCUCUCAGGCAAAAGACGCAGAUUUGGCAACCAGACUAUGGGAUUUUAGUUUGAGUUUGACAAAUGCCAAGUAG